CAGCCUAAAGCCAAGCACUCGAGCCCCGGCAGCCCCCUUUCCUCCGAAGAGUCCGGAGAGGCUGGGCUUUUGGCCCCGCCCCAACCGAAGCCCCUCCCCGGGCCACGCCCCACGACUUGAAGAGGCUUGGGCUGCCGCCGCCUCAGAGUCGCGCGCGGGGCGUGGGGCGGUGCGGAGGAGCCGAUCCUAAGGCAAGGUUGACGCCGGGACUGUCCAGGGAGGCGCAGCGUGGCGGGAGCCCGAGCCAGAGCAGCCCCAGAGCUGAAGCAGCCGUCGUCGCCGUCCGCGGAGCCCAGCCGAACCGGCCAUGGCGUUGUCGAUGCCGCUGAACGGAUUGAAGGAGGAGGACAAAGAGCCCAUCAUCGAGCUCUUCGUCAAGGCUGGCAGUGAUGGUGAGAGCAUAGGAAACUGCCCCUUUUCUCAGAGGCUCUUCAUGAUUCUUUGGCUCAAAGGAGUUGUGUUUAGUGUAACAACUGUUGACCUGAAAAGGAAGCCUGCUGACCUGCAGAACUUGGCUCCAGGGACCCACCCACCAUUUAUAACUUUCAACAAUGAGGUCAAAACGGAUGUAAAUAAGAUUGAAGAAUUUCUUGAAGAAGUCUUGUGCCCUCCGAAGUACUUAAAGCUUUCACCAAAACACCCAGAGUCAAAUACUGCUGGAAUGGACAUCUUUGCCAAAUUCUCUGCAUAUAUCAAGAACUCAAGGCCGGAGGCUAAUGAAGCAUUGGAGAGGGGUCUCUUGAAAACACUGCAGAAGCUGGAUGAAUAUCUGAAUUCUCCCCUCCCUGAUGAAAUUGAUGAGAAUAGUAUGGAGGACAUUAAGUUUUCCACACGGAAAUUUCUGGAUGGCAAUGAAAUGACACUAGCUGAUUGCAACCUGCUACCCAAACUUCAUAUCGUCAAGGUGGUGGCCAAAAAAUAUCGCAACUUUGAUAUUCCAAAAGGAAUGACUGGCAUCUGGAGAUACUUAACCAAUGCUUAUAGUAGGGAUGAAUUUACCAAUACCUGCCCCAGCGAUAAGGAGGUUGAAAUAGCAUAUAGUGAUGUAGCCAAAAGACUUACCAAAUAAAAUAGCACUUAUGAGAGCAAUGUCUCCACAUCUUCCCCAACUAAGAAAAUGCUUUUCCUAACAGACUGCUCCUCUUCUUAUAAAGUAGAAAUUUUAUUUUGCAUGAACAUGCAGUUAUUCCAGAUUAGGCUAAGGGGGAUAGACAAGGUAUAGUAGCUGUCUUUAAAUGUAUACUCCUAAGCAGUAUUAUUUAAAAUUCUUUUACCCUGCCUACCUCCCCUACCCUGGGUCCCCCUCUCCUCUAAUUUGGGGACACUCCGUCACAAACUUUUCACUUUAAAGGUAGUUUGGCAUCUCUCCAGAGCCCUCACCACUGUGUCCAUUUGCUGGUAUAGAUGGCAGAACUUUUGGGGUGCACUGUUUAACUAUUAAAAUAGUAGCCAUGACCUCAUCAGUCAGGCCCAAACUGGUGCAUAAUGCACGGUACAAGAAAUAUUUAUGUAUUUUUGAAAUUUUAUAAUAUUUAGUAAGAGUAUAUGAAAGGAUUGCUACUGUAUCAAAAUAUUCUGUUUCAAUUUUGUCUAUCCUGGAUAUGUGCGAGGGGAUGUUACCACCAGAGAGAGCAUCUACAGAAAGUCACUACAGAUUUUGCUAUUUUUCUUUGGAUAGGAUUUUUACUUUUGCCUAAAAGCAUUUGUCUUUCAUACCAGUUAGAACAUCUGACACUAUGUGGAAGCUAAAAGUUUAGAAGGAGGGAAGAUAUUUUCAAGAUCUUCCUCAAGUAUUUUAUCCACAUAAGAGAAACCAACGGGCACCUGAUAUUCUCUGUCUAAAUGUGUUACUGGCUAAAUGUAUAUUGCCCAGUGCCAUUCAUUUGGAACAUUAUUGCUUUCUUCUCUUAUUUUAAAAAAAGCUCCCUUUUUUAGGUAAGCAUAGGCCUUGCUGUAUGUAGAUCUUUUGAGCAACACUACAUAAAAUGAUAUUUAGUUGACUUAGCUACAGCAGUACAGUGAUUAGUAGUGUAAAAAUUAAUCUAAGGAAUGUAGCGUGGGUUUGUCAAAAUAUCAAGUAGAAUUUUGUUUCUAAAGCAUAUUUAAUGUGGGUAAUCUAAAGAAUGCAGUAUCUAUCCUAUAUUAAAAACAAGAUAAAACACAGAGUACCAUUCACCCCCAUUUACUAUUAGACUGGGUAGACUUUAGUCCUUUUGGACUAAAUUAUAGUUGUUAUGGUAACUACACAUGUUUACUGAGUUUUGUCUAAUCCCAAUCAUUGCACUUCCUUCAAUUAAAUUUUUCUACAGCCACAUUGAGGAAUAGCACUCUGCAUGUUUAUUUCUUAAAUUGCAGUCCUAAACCAGGAAUUGUGUUUUAACAAGGAUGAACUUAGUGAAAAUAAAAUGAAAGUUUGCUAUGUAUUCAUUAAAAAAAAGACUUUCUAAGUACUAUUCCAAAGACUGGUUGUGGCUAUAAUAAUGUUUUGGUGAUUUUUUUGACACCUAACUCGUUUAAGAAAUGCUAUUUCUCAUAGGCUGUUUUUGGAAAUUUUAAGUUUAUUGCUUUAAAAUGGUAAUAUUUUCUUCCCUUUGAUAUGCUAACAUUUAGUAAGCACUGGCUUUAUGGGAACAGCCAGAUUUUUAUAAGCAUUCUGCAUUUUCAAGAAACCUGUCAGUAAUUAGCUUGGUAUAGAAAGAUAAGAAAAGCUUCAUAUUGUAUCCAUUUGGCUCAGGGAGAUUUCUUUGCUUUACCUUUCUUUAGAACUCCUAUUGCUGAUCAAAAUUGGGUACCACCUUUUUGUAAUAAAAUAUUGGGUGGUGAUUUAUCUGGUUUCAGGAAGAAGGAUUAUCCAGUUUAUCUGAGAAAUUCUAUAGCAGUAGCUUCUGUGGAUGAAAAUGUCACAUCUGCACCAGUACACAGCCAUCCAUCCUCAUUUUUCACUUGUAAAAUAGUGGUUAACUUGGCAUUCAGAUGAUAUUGAACCUUGCCUCAUAGCUUAAAGUACGAAAAAGAUUCAAGAGAAAGGGGGCUGUCUGUUCUUUCAAGUGAACAGAGAACUAAGGGGUGCAAAGUAGAGGGCUGACGAGGCAAGAGCUACAGUCCUCCAAAUAGAGGGAUGAAAAAACACAUUCUGAAACUUGAUGGUGAAGUAUUUUCACUUUGGAUAUUUAUUCUCUUUACUUUUUUUUUUUUUUUUUUUUUUAAUUUAUCCCAUGAUUACACUUGGCUGUCUCUCUGGAUAUCCAAGGAACAUAAGGUCUAUCUUUAUAAUUCUGACGAAGGCUGAAUCUUAUACAUUAUCAGGGAAGUUAGAUGAGAUUGAGAUUGGCAAAUGGACAAAAACUAGUAAGAAAAAGUGAUCCUAGAAAAUGCUUUUUUUUUUUUUACCCCAUCUUAUAUUUGUGGAAAGAUCAUAGUUUAAAAUCUUGGGAAAUUUGAGCUAUGAAAGUUUUCAUGGCAGUUCAUAUAGUGUAUGGGUUGACAUAAUAGAAAUCAUCUGAUACUAUUUCUGUAACUACUGAGUCAUUCCCCCUUCAUUAAACUUCUUUUGUUCCAUUUGAAUAGGGAAUUAACAUCUGAAUGGAAGAUCCUACUAAUUUCCAAGGGAUUCUGAGAAAUUUUUGUGUUCAACAGUUGGCGAGUUCUUUACUCUUUCAGUUUAGGUAACAUCUUUUUUUUUUUUAAUGUAGGUGCAGAUUUUCUGUUACUUCUGUGUUUUAGGGGGGGCAGGAUUAUUGACUUUUGUGGUAAAAUUCAUGUAAAUUUUAUUUCUUGGUGACUUUGGCUUAUACAACUUAUCUUUAAACCCUUGAGCAAUCUGUAUACAAUGAAGAGGUUUUUGACAUUUAUUCUUAUACUAAGUUGAUUGACUCUAGAAUUUAGACUUAUUUACUUCUGUCAAGUUUUGAAUCUCUGCAGAGUUGCAUGUAGAUAGCUUUUAUUUCUGUGCAUUUAAAGUAUCCAUUUAGAAAAUAUCUGCAAGCUAAAAAUGAGAAGAAAUAGAAAUGUAUUUUUUAUGAACAUUUUGAUACACAUUUCAUCAAGUUUAUUGGUAAUGAAUUUCUUACACUGGUUAUAAUCAGUAUUUGAUUCAAAGAGAGGAAGCAUUCAUUAUUGACAUACUAUAUGGGCUUUUUUUAUUCCAUCCUUUACAAUUUACCAAGGUUGGGGCUGUCAAAAUUGUAUUUUUAUCAUGGAAAAAAAUUUCAACUCCCAGAUCAUAAUGUUAAACAGAAUUGGAGUAUUUUCUUUAGAACUACUUGAAAUGGCAAAUGAAAGCUUAUUAUAGAAUGCAUGUAUUUUCUUUUCUCUCUCUGGAACCAGUAUAUUGCUGGCAGCUAUUGUAUUAAAAAAAUAAAGUAUAUUUUCACUAUCAUAAAAGGUUCUUUUUUCCCCCCUCAUGAUAAUAAAUAACAGCUCCAGGUAAA